AUGUCCCGCAUUGGGGAUUUCGAUUACCUACUCGGUACCCAUGUCACGCUUGACCCGCCCUCGCCGUCGCCCCCUCAAACCUUCGUCCUUGAGGAGAUACUGUCGGAAGAAUAUCAGAGAGUGACGCAACACGAAUAUGAUCGAGGGGAUGGGCAUCCGUUCGCCGCUAUCAAGUUCUCUUGUCGCAAUGUUGCGGACCCAACUCAGCAGGGAUUUAUGCGGAUCUAUUAUCAGAUCCCAGUGGACGGUACUUUUCGGAGCCCUCCUGAAGUCCGGGCUCGACAAGCCUUACACCAGCGUACUCACGCCGAGCUUAAGGCGCUUACGAGUCUCGACAACGCAGACUGUACCGCAGUACCGCAACUCCUUGGCUUAAGCGAAAUGGUACAAGUCGCCCAGGACUACGUGCCUGGUGGCUAUAUCAACUACAUUGCCUGGGCACGAGUACCUGGGGAGCCUAUUGACUUUGAUUCUUAUUGGGAAGGCGACUUGAAAUACCGAAACGAGGUGCGUGCCAUCUUCCGCGCCACUUACGAGGAGCUGAACCGGUGUCACUGGGAACCAAGGAUUGGCACUCCUGAUAAUCUGAUUUAUGAUGAUAUCGAUAGCACGAUGCAUAUUGCCGGAUUCCGUGAUCCUGUGGAAACAAAGGAACAGCCAUUUUCGGAUGUUACUUACGCCUGCUGGGGUUUAGCUAGGCCAUCUGAUCGGAUAGACUGGGAUCUUGAUAGCUCCGAUUGGAGAUGGUAG